AUGGAAUUCUUAAAAUUUUUUGUAUUACUAACUUGUAUCUUCGGCUUUUUAAGAGCAUAAGAAACAUCUAAUACUUCAUAAAAUUAAAACUCAAGCAAUACUCCAUUAGAGAACGCUGUAGCAUGUGUAAAUCAUUUAGUAGAUCCAUGCACUAAUAUAGAUAAAUAAUGUAAUUAAGAUUACUAUAAAUAUAGUUCAUGUAGUAGUGCUUGCUCCUCUAAUCCAACAGAUAUCAAUUAAUAUUAAACUUGCAUAAGUGCUUGUGUUUCUACAAAUUAGGCUCUCGCAGGCUACAUUACUUAAAUAAACAAUUGUAUAAUAUUAGCAACACCUUCAUCUAGUUUAAUCAUAAACCUUUAUUCAUUAAGUGUUAUUAUACUUAUCUUAAUUUACUGA